CACGUUGCGCGGUGGGGGCCCCGACCCAGCCGCCCCCGCCGCCCCCGCCGCAGCUCUAUGGUCUCUCCGUAGAGCUCUGCCGUUUGGGGCAGCUGCUCAGGUCCUGUGGCUCCACUCGCUCCGCGCGGCAGCGACAUGGAGGAAUUCGACUCUGAAGACUUCUCCACCUCGGAGGAGGACGAAGACUACGUGCCGUCGGGUGGAGAGUAUAGUGAAGAUGAUGUAAAUGAAUUAGUGAAGGAAGAUGAAGUGGAUGGUGAAGAGCAGACACAGAAAACCAAAGGGAAAAAAAGAAAGGCUCAGAGCAUUCCGGCCAGGAAGAGAAAACAAGGUGGCCUCUCAUUAGAAGCAGAGGAGGAGGAUGCCAGCGAGGAGUCCGAGGGAAGUAGCAGUGAGCAGGAAGAUGAAGCCGCCGAGCAGGAGGAAGGCACAGGGCCAGAGGAUGCGAGGAAGAAGAAGGAGGAUGAGUUGUGGGCCAGCUUCCUCAACGAUGUAGGACCAAAACCCAAAGUGCCCCCAAGUACACAUGUUAACAGAGGAGAGAAGACUGAAGAGACAAGUUCAAGUAAAUUGUUGGUCAGAGCAGAAGAGCUUGAGAAACCGAAAGAAGCUGAAAAAGUUAAAAUCACUAAGGUGUUUGAUUUUGCUGGUGAAGAAGUCAGGGUGACUAAGGAAGUGGAUGCUACCUCUAAAGAAGCCAAAUCUUUCUUCAAGCAGAAUGAGAAAGAAAAGCCCCCGGCUCCUGUCACUGCAUCUCUGCCGGCACUCCCUGCUGGGUCUGGGUUAAAAAGAUCAAGUGGCAUGAGCAGCCUUUUGGGGAAAAUUGGAGCCAAGAAGCAGAAGAUGAGCACCCUAGAGAAGUCCAAAUUGGACUGGGAGAGCUUCAAGGAGGAAGAGGGCAUUGGUGAAGAACUAGCCAUCCAUAAUCGAGGGAAGGAGGGGUACAUUGAACGGAAGGCUUUUCUAGACCGAGUGGACCACAGGCAGUUUGAAAUCGAGCGAGAUCUCAGGCUGAGCAAAAUGAAACCCUGAUGUCAUGGCGGGAAAUCAGUAGCAGCUUAAUCCUGUUGACAAUGUGAGCUUCUGGUGCAUCUGUGAAAUAUUUCUGGUGUUUCUCAUCAGCUGUUUCCCAGCAAGGUCUUUUUUCCACGUUGAAUUUCUGUCUUUGUUUCUUGACCUUACGUGGUUUCAUCCAUUUUACUUUUAAAAGUUUGUCCUUGAAAAAAAUAAAAAUAAAAGUUGGUCCUACAAGAGGCUGGUGAAGA